CUAUAACCCGGAAAAAUUAAACUUCAUCAUCAUAGUAGGAAACCCUAAAGCCAACUUCUUCCCUCCCUCACCCACCACCACCGCCGCUGAGUGCCGACACCCGAACAAGACGGUGCUGGACAUCCGGUUUUUCAUUGUCGCGUUAACAUGUUCUCUUUCUAUUUGUUGUUUUAGUUAACUUUUAAUUAGGGAAGAAGAUUAUAUAAUGUUGAGAAGAAACAUUCGACAGAGGAGAGAGUAUCUCUACAGAAAAAGCUUGGAAGGCAAAGAGCGGUUGUUAUAUGAGAAGAAACGCAAAAUCAGAGAAGCUCUUGAAGAAGGAAAGCCAAUUCCAACUGAAUUGAGAAAUGAAGCAGCAGCUCUUCGCCAAGAAAUUGACCUCGAAGAUGACUACACUGCCAUUCCUAGAUCUGUUAUUGACGAUGAGUAUGCCAAGGCAACUGAACGAGAUCCAAAGAUUCUUAUAACAACAUCUAGGGAUCCUAGUCAACCCCUAACACAGUUUGCAAAGGAAUUGAAGUUUGUCUUUCCUAAUGCAGAAAGAAUGAAUAGAGGUGGUCAGAUUAUAAAUGAGAUAAUUGAAUCAUGCCGUGCUCGAGAGUUUACAGAUAUUGUAUUAGUUCAUGAGCACCGUGGUGUGCCUGAUGGGCUUAUUGUUUGUCAUUUGCCUUUUGGUCCAACUGCAUAUUUUGGAUUAUACAAUGUGGUCACAAGACACGACAUUAAGGACAAGAGUUCAAUCGGAACAAUGCCAGGGGUUUAUCCACAUCUCAUUCUCAACAAUUUCACAACCAAGUUAGGUGAGCGGACAUCAACCAUUUUGAAGCAUUUGUUUCCUGUGCCAAAGCCAGAUUCUAAGCGUAUCAUCACUUUUGCUAACCAGUCUGACUAUAUUUCAUUCAGACAUCAUGUUUAUGAAAAGCAAGGAGGUUCAAAAUCAAUUGAACUCAAGGAGAUUGGUCCACGUUUUGAGCUAAGACUAUAUCAGAUCAAGCUAGGAACAGUGGAACAAAAAGAAGCGCAGAAUGAAUGGGUAUUGAGGCCGUACAUGAAUACUACAAAGAAGAGGAAGUUUCUUGGGGAUUGAUCGACUUUAGAGAUACUGUACUGUAAUGUAGGUUCUUUCCUUUCUAAAUCAAAAUUACUGCAGGCUGGGACUUAUGAUGAAAUUCAAAAUUUUGGGUUAAGCAGUUUUGACAGAUUAAUUUCAAGGAAAAAUUAUUUUGGUUGGGUUUUA